AUGUACUGUUACAAGCCUAACAGUGAGUAUUAUGACUACGCAGCAAAAGCUGUGCAAAAUUUGCUGCAUCGUGACCUGGACGAAAUGGCAUUUUAUUGCGUGUUUACUCAUGACGUGGUCGACGGUGAAUUCAGGCUUUAUUGGAGGCCAACAUUGGGUUUAUCUAUGGUUCUGUUCAUGAUGUUCACAACUUUCACCGUUAUGGUGUUUUUAGGCAUAAGGAUUGCUAAAGUUUUGCAGAAAAAGGGAUUGAGUAAAAAAACGAUAGAGCUUCAAAAGCAAUUGCUUACAGCAUUAGCAGUUCAGGCAUUUAUUCCCUUCAUACUAACAUACAUUCCACGAACUCUAUUGCUUAUUCUGCCAAUUAUGGGCGUACGUCUACCAAGCAUUGCGAAAUUUUUACCUUUGGUCUUGACGGUUUCCAUGACCGUAUUUGAUCCAGUUGCUAUAAUUUUGUGCAUCACCGACUACAGACGCACUGUGCUGCGAUUAUUCAACAAGCCCAAGGUGUCCUCCGUGGUCGUGGUAAGAACCACAACAGUGAGCAGUCCUGUUCAACAAAGCAGUGUUACUCGUGGUGUACGCUGA